CUCUCUCUCUCUCUCUCUCUCUCUCUGCAGGUGACCCAUUCAGGGCUCAUGAGAUGUGACAGCAGGACAGCCCAGACUUCCUCCCCGCCUGUGGCCUCAUCCCCGUCUCAGCCCCCUGAGCAACGUCGGGGUGCUCCUCCCCGGGCCCGGACCAUCUCCAGCCCCUACAGCCGCCCUCUCGCCCUAACCCUUCCUCCCGACGGAUUGAAUGACACUUAGCAGUGAAGCCGCCGUGCUCUGCCUCCCUGUCGCCAUGAAGAGCCGGUACCAGCAGUACUACAACUCCACCCUCAUCCAGUUCUACUACCGCGCCGCCAAGAACAUCAGCCAGGAGGACCUGGUGCGGCGGCAGCACCAGAAGAAGGAGCUGAGCACGCUCAACAUCGUCAUCGUGGUGCUGUGCAGCAUCAUCAUCCUGGAGAACAUGCUGGUGCUCAUCGCCGUCUUCCGCAACAAGAAGUUCCACUCCGCCAUGUUCUUCUUCAUCGGCAACCUGGCCUUCUCCGACCUGCUGGCCGGCUCCGCCUACAUCGCCAACAUCUGCCUGUCGGGGCCGCGCACCUUCGAGCUGCUGCCCGUGCAGUGGUUCAUCCGCGAGGGCACCACCUUCAUCGCCCUGGCCGCCUCCGUCUUCAGCCUCCUGGCCAUCGCCAUCGAGCGCUACGUGGCCAUCACGGAGGUGAAGGUGUACGGCUCCAACAAGACGUGCCGCAUGUUCAUGCUGAUCGGCGCGUGCUGGUUCACCGCCAUCCUGCUGGGGGGCCUGCCCAUCCUGGGCUGGAACUGCAUCAACGCCCUCGACGAGUGCUCGGCCGUGCUGCCCCUCUACACGCGGCGCUACAUCUGCUUCGCCAUGACCAUCCUCAGCGUGAUCCUGCUGUCCAUCGUCAUCCUGUACGUGCGCAUCUACCUGAUUGUGCGCUCCAGCCACCAGGAGGCCACCAACUCGCCGGCGUACGCGCUGCUGAAGACGGUCACCAUCGUGCUGGGCGUGUUCAUCGUGUGCUGGCUGCCCGCCUUCACCAUCCUCAUGAUGGACUCCUUCUGCUCCAUGAGGAGGUGCCCCGUCCUCGAGUACGCCGACAAGUUCUUCGCCCUGGCCACGCUCAACUCGGCGAUGAACCCCGUCAUCUACACGCUGCGCAGCAAGGACAUGCGCAAGGAGUUCCUGCGCGUGCUGUGCUGCUGGGUGCUCCUGCGGAGCGGGCAGCCCGCCGACCGGUGCCUGGUGCCCCUGAAGAGCUCCAGCUCCCUGGAGCACUGCACCAACAAACACGAACACCAGCAGACCACGCCCAUCAUGCAGACGUGCACCACCUGCGUUUGACGGGCCGCGCGCGCGCGCGCGCGUGUGUGUGUGUGUGUGUGUGUGUGUGCGUGUGAUGUGUGUCGCUCUGGCGUUUGUUAAAAGCACCGCUUCCACUUCUCGUGCACGUACAAAGAGGAAAAUAAGAGGGGACAGGAUGUCGGCCGGCUCUCUGUGGACGAUUGGGGAAGAGAGAGCGAGGGGCGAGCGAGACACGUGCACCGCUGCCGACGUCGGCGCGACCUGGAUGAGGAAGCGAUCCUGGAGGGCGCCGAGACCCCAACAGCCGAGGCCCUUGUUUAAAACUGUAAAAAAAGAAAAAGAAAAAAACGUUCUGACUGACUUUCUCUCGCAUUUCAACUCCAAA